UUAUUUAGCUUAGCUAGCGAGCUAGCUUGCUCUUUUUAAAAUGCCCCCGUGAUUACCUCGCCCACGUUAAAUUUGGAGAUAGAUUAGCCUUUACGAAAAAUACUAUUUUGUAUUUUAAUAUACUGCGAUACACUGUAUGGGCUAGGCCCCGCCCGUCCGUAGAGGUAAACAGUAUCGGGCUCGAGCUGGGACGUAGCAGCCUUCGUCACCCCACUGGAAUCGUCGCAUGUAAAUGGGAAUAACAAUAAUAAUUGAAUAAAUAACAAUCAUUUCGCUAUGAAUUGUCGCUCAGAAGUUCUUGAAGUAACAGUGGAAGCGAGGCAGGUUGAAGAAGCUAUGCUGGCUUUGCUGCACACCAUUUUACUGCAUCGCAGCUCCGGGAAGUUCCACUACAAAAAGGAGGGCACGUACUCCAUCGGCACCGUGGGCACGCUCGACAUCGACUGUGACUUCAUCGAUUUCACCUUCGUCAGGGUGUCCUCGGAGGAGCUGGACAGAGGGAUCCGGAGAGCUGUGUCUGAGUUCAAGGAUGCCUUGAGCAUCUCUGGGAGCGAUGGCGUGGGGCAAAUCUCCCUGGAGUUCUACCAGAAGAAGAAGUCUCGCUGGCCUUUUUCUGACGAGUGCAUUCCCUGGGAAGUGUGGAGCAUCAAGGUCAACGUUGUCAACCUGGCCAAUGAGCAGGAGAGGCAGAUCUGCAGGGAGAAAGUGGGCGAGAAGCUGGGCGAGAAGGUGAUCAAUGUCGUUGAGGUCAUAAACCGCCACGAAUACCUGCCAAAGAUGCCCACCCAGUCUGAAGUGGACAAUGUUUUCGACACCAGUCUCAAAGAUGUCCAGCCCUACCUUUACAAAAUCACAUUCCAGAUCACAGACACUCUGGGCACCUCUGUAAGCACGACAAUGAGACGGCUGAUUAAAGACACCCUGGCGCUGUGAGGAUGCUUCAAGACAGAAAGAAGAAAGAUCUGGAUGAUUUUAUCCAUAAAAGUACCUAUAGUCUUGUCUGACAACUCUUUUUCUGAUCAAAAACACAAUUUGAAAGCUCUACUGGUGCUAAAUUGAGGCCGUGUCAGUGUAACAGCUAAUCCGUCAUUUAUUUUAUGUCUCUGCUAUGGUUUCGGUAUUGCUUGUACCUUAAGAAUCUUGAUUAUGUAGUGUCGAUUCAAAAGACGUUUUGUUUUUUGCAAACUUUUUCUUUCCAAAUUAUCUUCACCUUCCUCAUCUAGAAAUGCAGAGUUAACACAUUUGCAAACUAUAUGGCUUACGUUCACUCUAUAUCACUGACAUUCUCUUUGUUGUUGAUAAUGUCAGAUCUGUAAAUUAUUGUUAAUCUUUGACAAUAAAUGUUGUUCACUGUAACUGAUGAUA